CAACUUAAAACGAAUGUUAGCUUAAAUAAGCCGACUAACUAAGGUCAACAUACCGCGCCAGGCUCGAUUAAAUAGGUACUUUCCUGGAAUCACUGCAAUCACCUUUAAGUACCACACCGGCCAAGCAGAUACUUCCUCCGGCUCGCUCUCCACAGCCUAUUCUCAGCCCACUCUCUUCACCAGCCCCCUUUCAUUCUUUUUCUUCAGCAAUGAGCAAUGUUCCCGAGCAUGGAAAGGCUCACUCCUCUGGAAACGGGCUUCGAGGGCUAUCCUGCCGACUACGUGACACAUAAUGUGCCUUUUGUGGUCUUGUCAGGGCUCCAAACCGACGAAGAGGGCGACGGCGCCGAGGUGCCGCUGAGCUUUCGGGAUGGCGCUCUGAGAAUACGUUGCGAGCUGCCACCAGUCACGGGCGUCCAAGCUAAGCAGGUUCUUGACACAUUUCGAAAAUUUGAGCGGAGGAAUGAUCAGUGGGAUCCUCGUCCAGUUUUAAGUGGUAGCAACGUUAUGGGAUUCAAAUUCAGGAGCGUCGGGAGAACUUACGAGCUCCUCCCACGCAAAGCCAAACCACCAUCACAUGAGCUUGGCUACGACCCACCAGGCUCUCCUGCUUCCAGGUCUCCGCCACUAUGGGUUCUACACUCUCCCAUAUCCCCACUUACUCCUGGCUCUUCGCUCUUUCCAGAUGGCGUCAUGACUCCCGAGUGGCUGGCCAAGCAUCAACUGUAUAUACCUUCCGUGUUUUUGGCCUUCUUCAGCUUCUCUGAGGAUCCCGCUAGAAACAGUCUUACAGACAAUCAGCUCAAGUCCGAGAUCAACAACAUCAAAGCUACCCUGUACCGUUCGGAGUACAAGACAAAGCUAGCAAUUGUGCUCGUCGGUGAUCACAGCAUCAACGAUGUUUCAGAUAUCGAGGAGAGGUUAAACAAUAUCAGACGAGCCACAGGACUGGAUGCUAAAACGGGGCUGUUCUUUCUUCCAUCGACGGAUUCAUCAACACAGCUUCUGUCCUUUGUCGAUGGAGUGCUUACAGCACUGCAGCCAGGCUGCGUCGAAUACUACCGUGAUUUAACCAAACAUGCCCGACGUAAGAAAGGUCGCGGUAAUAUUCCUGCGCCCACUGCACCUCCAACCCGCGGAACGUCGCAAACACUUGCCGCGCUCGGUUGGGGUAUUCGCUACGACUUUAAGCUUGGCGUCUUCGCAGAAUUCAGACAGGAAAUGGAGUCAGCGUGUCGACAUUAUACCGCAGCUCUGGAAUCACUACUCGGACCCGACGGCAUUUUCGAAACAACUGCUAGUUGGUCUCCAAGAUGGGAUGAGUCUAGGGUUCUUGCCGACAUUGUAGCAAUGCGUAUCUUGAGGUGUUUGCUGUGGAGUAAUCUAACCUCGACUGCAGUACAGUCAUGGUCAAAUUACCGUUAUCGACUUCGAGAACUAGUCGACCGACGUGGAAAGGGCUCAUCCAAUUAUGGCUGGGAGGCGUGGGAGUCUAGGUGGUCGCGUAUGAUGGCAGAACUAGUGAAACGGGCGCAACUUAGUUUUUUUUCGGGUGGCACAGAAAGAGAAGCAAAUGUAUAUGCUCCAGUUGAAAAAUCCAUCCCAAUUGGCGAACGCAUUCGUCCAUUCGAUCAUCUCCACCAUUCGGGCUAUUGGUACAGGAUGGCUGCUAGGCACAGUCGCCGUCGAAGACGACUAGCGAUUGAGCUGCCUCAGGACGAUUGCAUGCCUCCCGGACAAUCCCCGGCAUCAGUGAUGGCCAGCAGAUAUGGUACAUAUGAUACCUACUUGUGUCCGGAGCCGUGGCAAGAACGCCCGAACUCUGAACGGCGUACGUACAAUCACUCUAAAGACAUUUUCAACGCUUUGGAGAAGGCUCAAGGUCACUUUCGCUUUCAGCCACGUGUACGGGAAGAGCUUUGUCUUGAUAUGGCGCGGGAACUCAUCCGUAAUAAGCAGUAUUCGGAGGCAAUGAAGCUACUCUUCCGUCUAUGGAUUAACAUGUCUUGGAGAAAAGAUCAAUGGUGGGACCUCGUCUCCGAGGUUACUCGUAACUUACAUGAUUGUGCAAAGCAAUUGGGCGAUGCAAAAGUUGUUGCGGCAACAGAGUUUGAGCUCUUAAGCUGUGCCCUUUCUCCGCUCAAAAAUCACACAUAUAACUUGUUGCGAUGUUGCGAGAACUUGACUCACCGUUCCAGUGAGUCUCUGAUCCCGGAAGAUGUUUUAGAGCUAGACACGCAAAGCGUUACCGCUCCGUUAUCAACAACCUUCACAUUUUCCGUUGCUGAGGGCAAUGCAGGCGAGCCUCUAUCCGCUCAGCUAGUGGUUGUAUCGCUAGCACAGGCAGGAAGUGCUCCGAUUUUAUUUGAUGCCAUUGAUGUCAAAUUUAGUGGUGCUUCGUUUUCAUUGAGAUUAAAGCACAUUGAAAAGCCGGAGUUCAAACAUGGCCAGGUUCAGGAGCUUUCUGUCGAAGGACUGGAUGAAUCCAUCAGGAUAGCCGAAGCUAAUUUGGAAUUGCCAGAAGGGCAGACUCUCGGCUUUCAGUUUCCACUCACCUUUAGGGAUGCCAGUCUAGUAUCCGUUGGGAGUAUUACUUUUACGAUAUCCACUCCCGUUGCCCAGAUUCGGUUCAGCUCGAUACCGGAAACACUAGCAGAACGUCCCAGAUGGUUAAAGACAGGACCGCGUGGCUUCAUCUCCAUGCCAGUCGCCCGAGAAGAUAGUCACACUGUGCACAUAUUGCCCAGGCCUCCCAAGAUGGAAAUAAAAGUUUCCAAUACUGAGCCACACUUUUACACUGAUGAAGAAGUCCAAUUAGAGAUUGAGUUGAUUAAUGGCGAGGACGAGGCUUCGGAAGUACAUCUGCAGAUGACCUUACUAUCAGACGAUGGUCCAGCUUCAUUCCAGUGGCGAAUGAAAGAAAAUGGCAGCACCCACUUGUCGAGCGCGAAUGAGAAUCUCCUGGAACUCGGUGUGAUCAAUCCUGCAGAGAAGAAGUCAACAGAAAUUUCAUUCAUUGCUCCUGCUUUGCCCACUCGGUAUGCCGUCGAAGUCAAGGUUACAUAUUACCUACAAUCGGAUGCUACUACACCAAUAUCCAAGAAUCUCAACUUUGAGUUCAAUGUAACACGCGCCUUCGAAGCGAAUUAUGAGUUUCAGCCAAGAAUACAUCCCCUUCCAUGGCCAUCGUUCUUCAAUCCCACGAACAUUCCGGUAGAGGUUCCAGAGGGCAGCACAAGACACGGUAUCGCUCAGCGUUGGGAGCUAUUCUCACGCAUUGCUAGCUUCACAUACGAAGGUGUUAUCAUUUCAAAGGUGGACUUACGGUUAGAAAGCAUAUCUAGCCACGCUAUGGCCAUUAUAACACCAAAUCACCACGAAGCAGACGAAAUUGAAAUAGCUCCACAGCAACAGAUCGAUCGAUCGUUCAGCCUGGACGUAGAAAAAAAUUCUCUUGACGACAGGCGGGCCGUCGAGAUUGAGCUAGUGCUAGCUAUAUCAUGGCAUCGUCCACGCUCGGGCAAGAUUUUUACGAGCCAUCUUCCUGUGAACAACUUUGUUUUGGAAAAUGGUCCGAGAGUUUUGGCUGCUGUAUCGUACCCAUCACUACCCAUGAGAAAAGUAGAGGAUGACGAAGCCGAGGACGAAGAUUCCCUUCAAAUUGUACAGCUUACGUUUAUGCUCGAGAAUCCAACCAAUCACUUCUUGACAUUUGAAAUCAGUAUGGAAGGUCCUCGAACAGACGCAGAGUGGGCGCUUAGUGGUGUGAAGAUGGGUGGUUUGAAUUUACUACCGCUGAGUCGAGAAGAGGUGAGCUACAGGAUUAUGCCGCUAAGUACGAAUGAUGGCGAAAUGUCAGAGGGGAGAUGGCUUGAAGUACGACUUAGAGUUAUGGACGUGUAUUUCAGAAAGGUUUUACGCUGCAUCCCUGCGAGUGCCGGAAUUCGAGAAGCUGAGGGAAAGAGUGGGAGCUUGCUUGUGUGGACUGGCCGGAAGCAUGACUGAAUCGAAGAGAAAGGUUUUCAUAAAUAGACGUCAUUGCUUGCAACGUUCGCCAAUAGUAGAUGUUUUUCUCAGCUUCUGGGCAUCCAAACGGCAUGGCAACAUAUACAUUGUAAACUGAAUUCUCUGCAAGAGUCCAACUAUGGCAAGCACAUGAUUUUAAAGGAAAAUUUAGACCUUGAUUUUAACAGCGCAUCUCAACCUGAAGGUCUCGUUUAUCCGAGGAGACGAU